AUGGGCGACGUCCUUGUUGACAAUCCCGCAAACACUGUGCCGCCUCACAAGAAACCACCCAUUUCAGAUUCCAUCCCGGAUAUCGAUUCUUUGGAAGGAGCUGGGAUUCAGGCACUUGUCCGUGGUUACGCCACAGCUGACUAUCCCAGAUACAUCAAGCUACAGGAAGAAUAUAUCAAGGAUGAACAGAGAUCGCUAAAGCGCGAGCUGGUACGAGCGCAAGAGGAGAUCAAGCGUAUACAGAGCGUCCCCCUAGUCAUUGGCCAGUUCAUGGAAGCUAUCGAUCAGAACACCGGAAUUGUCCAAUCUUCUACCGGCUCCAACUAUGUCGUCCGCAUCCUUUCGACCCUCGACCGCGAAAAGCUUAAGCCGUCCUCCUCCGUCGCCCUCCACCGUCAUUCCAAUUCUCUUGUUGACAUCCUACCUCCGGAAGCCGAUUCUUCGAUUGCGAUGCUUGGAGCUGACGAGAAACCUGAUGUGACGUAUGCGGAUGUGGGUGGUCUCGAUAUGCAAAAGCAGGAAAUCCGCGAAGCAGUGGAACUACCACUGACACACUUUGAUCUCUACAAACAAAUUGGCAUUGACCCGCCACGAGGAGUGCUGCUCUACGGCCCUCCGGGGACUGGGAAGACUAUGUUGGUCAAGGCUGUUGCCAACAGCACGACUGCCAGCUUCAUUCGGGUUGUCGGCUCCGAAUUCGUUCAGAAAUACCUGGGUGAAGGGCCUCGCAUGGUUCGAGAUGUCUUCCGGAUGGCGCGAGAGAAUUCACCUGCUAUCAUUUUCAUUGACGAGAUCGAUGCCAUUGCUACCAAGCGUUUUGACGCCCAGACGGGAGCGGAUCGAGAGGUUCAGCGCAUUCUUCUGGAACUCCUCAAUCAGAUGGACGGCUUCGACCAGACAAGCAAUGUCAAGGUCAUCAUGGCUACAAAUCGAGCCGACACCCUAGACCCUGCCUUACUCCGACCAGGUCGUUUAGAUCGGAAAAUCGAGUUUCCAUCCCUGCGAGAUCGCCGAGAACGGCGGUUGAUAUUCAGUACAAUUGCCAGCAAGAUGUCAUUGUCACCAGAGGUUGACCUGGAUUCGUUAAUUGUCAGGAACGAUCCGCUGUCAGGAGCCAUUAUUGCGGCGAUUAUGCAAGAAGCCGGAUUGAGGGCAGUUCGCAAGAAUCGGUACAACAUCAUCCAAGCUGAUUUGGAGGACGCAUAUUCUAGCCAGGUCAAGGGAGCACAGGAGGCAGACAAGUUUGAUUUCUACAGAUAA